UGAUAAUUGAUUGAUGAAACAUUAUCAACACUGGUUCCGCCAUUGAUCACGACCACUGGUAAAAACAAGGAUCCAAAAAGAUGAAUAACUUUAGGUGACAGCAACGUUUUCAACUAUUCAUCUUUUUCCCUGCUCAUCUUACACCAGUCAUCCAGUGAACAUGGAAUAUCACAUAAAGGACCGAGUCUUUUAGCGUGAUAUGCGCUCAGCUGCGAACAGGAAUUUUUUUUUUUAUGCAUAGUAUCUCAGUUUGAGCAUUCUCAUCUCCUUUUUUUUGUUUCUUUCUUUUUUGUUCUUUGCUUGACCCAAAAGUAAAAAGGCGUCGCCACCGUGCACCUUCCCAUUAUUUUCACCCCACCGUAUGCCUUCCUUCAUUGACUUUUAUCGUUCCACAACAUGGAUGCUUCUGUAUGGAAUCGUUCGGAUAAAGGGGGCGGCCGCUCAAGAGGACUUUGCAGAUGAUGGAGACGAUAACGACGAUGAUAGCUGCGCUUUCAUUUCCAGUCAAACAUGUGGAGCGGAUGAUGUCUGCAAAUUUUGUGCCAUGUGUCUUCAAAGUUCCUGUAUUUUAAGCAAGUAUAUCCCACCUCUUCUCCCGAAAAGCGGUUCCUCCAAUACGCAUCAAGUUUGCAAUACCACCCAGUUCGGUACAACAAACAUCUAUGCUUGGUAUGACUAUUGUCUGUCCAGCGGCAAUGAUAACAGCGGCAAUUAUUGUGCUACCAGUUCGAAAUGCUAUCAAUACCGUAAAACAUCCAACGCAACUGUUACCUAUGCGUGGCAGAACCUCACUUGUGAUCCUUCAACUUGUAUGCUGGCAAGCGAACAUGGGUUGCCUCCUCCAGUUCCGGGUCAAUUGCUGCCGCCCGACACCCAGCCGGAUCCAACCCAAACCCAUCCUUACGCUAGACCGGACCAUGGCAACCAUCCACAUCGACAAGAUGGUCACGGCUAUGAUUUCGCCGUGCAUUCCCCUGCGGCUAUUGCACUUAUUAUCGCUUGUUCCUGCACAUUUGUAGGAUGUCUGAUUUGGAUCGGCAAACUGUGGAAACAAUCGGAGUUCUGGCCACGUGUUCGAUUGUUUGGCGGUUCACAGCGCCCUCCGUCCACUUCAUCUACGCCAAGCACGGCUCCACCAUCCUUUUCGUCCAAUGCGCCUGAUAUGGCGCAAACCGAUCAUUCAUGGGGCCGUCCUUCAUUAAGCCAUUCCACCUCCUCAUCACAGCAGCCUUCAUCACAACAGGAAGCGCCGCCUUCCUAUUACCAUCCUGAUCCGCCUCCACCGAAAUACGAACAUGCUAUUGUUACACAAAUUCGCGGUAUACAAACAAUCGGCGAAACCGAUUCCAGUGUCUCUGCCAGCGUUUCCAACGACCACGAAGAUGAGACGAAUGCGACCGAUCAUAGAAACGCUUUAGGGCCACCGUUGUGGGUGCCUGUUUAUUUUACUCCCAAUAAUCCGCACUUUACAUUUGGAAGGCUGCGUCGCCAUCCCCCUUCAUCCUCCACCUCGGCCUGGAAUAACGAAUGGACAGAUCCUAUGCGAGCAUUCUGGUUUCACCAUCAGCAGCAAAUGCAGCAACAAAAUCCAGCCAUGUGGCGCCAACCAUUGCUUCCUUCGUCCACUGACACAGUAGAAGAACCUUCAUCGUCCAGCCAACCGCCGCCGUCGCGAUAAAUUGGCCCUGCUAUGACAUUCACCCACUUGUGUAUCUUUUUUCAAAACACCGUUGGUAAACAAGCGGAUGGGCUUGGUUCGACCGUCCCCCGACUACGAGUUGACAACAAGUGUAUUACAUACUAGAAAUAUUGGCGGCCGACCUAUUUUUCCCGAAAUACAUCUUUUGCUCAGCGGGAAAGCGAAAGAAUGAAAUAUUUUAUCAUGGCAUUGAAAGGGAGAACGGACGAUUUCUAUCGGUCUGUUGAUGAAAUUCAAGGAGGGAUAGGAGAAGGAAGAGGAUAUUAGAUGCCGAUCUCGUGAUUUUAGAAAAAAACCUGAGUGGCCUUCAUGCCAAAAGUUUUUCUUUUUUUUGGGGGGAUAAUAUGACUUUUUCCUUUCC